AUGGCCCUGGUUCUGCAGCUGCUGCCUCUGCUGCUCUCCAGGGCCCAGGGGGACCCGGGGGCUUCUCUGGAAGGCCGCCCUGGGGACCGGGUGAAUCUCUCCUGCGUAGGGGUCUCGCACCCCAUCCGCUGGGCCUGGGCGCCUAGCUUCCCGGCCUGCAAGGGCCUGUCCAAAGGACGCCGCCCGAUCCUGUGGGCCUCGCCGAGCGGGACCCCCACCGUACCUCCCCUCCAGCCCUUCGCAGGCCGCCUACGCUCCCUGGACCCUGGUAUCAAGCGGCUGGAGCUGCUCUUGAGUGCGGGGGACUCGGGCACCUUUUUCUGCAGGGGCCGCCACGAGGACGAGAGCCGUACAGUGCUUCACGUGCUGGGGGACAAGGCCGAUUGCAGGACCCCGGGGCCUACCCACGGGUCGGUGUAUCCCCAGCUCCUGAUCCCGCUGCUAGGCGUUGUGCUGGUGCUAGGACUCGGAGCGUUGGGCGUGGUCUGGUGGCUGCGCAGGCGCUCGCCCCCGCCCCCGCUUCGACCACUCCCCAGAUUUGCUCUGUCCCCCCCACAUAGCUCCACUUGUGAAAGCCGAGCCCCAGAGGUCAGUAGAGGAGGAGCACAAGAUUCCGGGGAACCUGGACCAGGAGCCGAACCUGCUCUAUGCGGAUCUAGACCAUAUGGCCCUCAGAAGGCCCUGCCGGCUGUCCACAGUGGUCCCUGCUGAUGCCUCCACCAUCUAUGCGGUCGUAGUUUGAAGGGAAGCCCUUACUCCAAACCUCCCAAGCGGGGGGCUCCCAGCUCUCUAAUAAUUCCUCUCCCCUUCUUGACCCCUCACCUGUAAGUGGAAGGCACCAUGGGAUAGAAAUGAGCACUAGGUUAGGAGUCAGAAGACCUGGGUUCCAAGCAAUUUCUGCCACUGAUCUUGCUCCUUCACUUACUCCCAUCUCUCUUAUAACUUCCAUGUCUCCUUCAUCGCUAGUGUCCUCUCUAAACCUGAUUAAGCCCUGUCUCCCCAUCUUAAGACAUCAAUAACUCCCAGAUAGCUCCCAGAUAUUCCUCUCUUCCCUUCCCUCCCACAGUCAAGCUUUUCAAACCAAGGGUAUACACCUGCCUGUUUCAUUUUCUUCUCCUUCACUCUAUCCUCACUGUUCA